AUGCAGACUCCGGAUAGGUAUCCUACAGCUACGGCCAUUCAAUACAACCGCAUUCAGCAGCAACAACAGCAGCAGCAAGCACAGAACCGCGACAUGAGCCAGCAUCAUCAGUCUCACCAAAACCAACCACAACAUCAUCACCAUGCAUCUCAACCUUCGAUACAUCUGCCACCCAUAACGAGUGGCGAACUGUAUGCUCCAUCGAAUCCGCCUUUAGAAUCGCCGAGUCUGAACAUCACCGGUGCUGCGUCUCAAGAUGGUGCCAUGAAGGCCGUGUCACAAGAUCAUGACUUUCCACCGUAUGAUCUUCUGUACGCUCUGACAGACCUGUUCUUCAAGCACAUCAACACGUGGUGUCCAAUACUGCAUCGACGGAGCACACUGGACUCUUUGUUUGGUCCAAACACUCUCGAAGAAGCAGAUCGGAUCUUGCUUCAUGCUAUCGUUGCCACCACACUGCGUUUCUCGACGGAUCCUCGGCUUAGCGAUCAGGCGCGAGAACGAUACCAUGCCACAUCGAAGCAGAAGGUCUUACUAUACGGCCUCGAGAACAGUUCUGUCAAGGCGCUGCAAGCAUUGGUCAUUCUGGCGCUGGACAUAGUCGGCAGCUCGAACGGACCACCUGGCUGGAAUCUUUUGGCAUUGAUCACCAGAAGUGUGGUGCAGCUGGGGCUUGCAGUGGAGACGACAUCAGCUUCCGUGGCCCCGCUCUUCCCAUCGAUAUACACUCUUCGUGCAAUGGUACUGCCCGAGCCAAAGUCAUUCAUUGAGGAUGAAAGUCGGCGUCGGCUGUUCUGGAUGGUGUAUCUUCUGGACAGGUAUGGCACUAUAGCAACAGCCUUCGAAUUCGCGCUUGACGACAAGGAGAUCGACAGGAAGCUGCCAUGCCGAGAUGACCUCUUCUCUCGCAAUCAGCCUGUUGACACACGAUGGUUCCAGACGACAGAUGGCGAACAGCACUCCCUCGGCGAGAUGAACCAUCCCGAGAACCUUGGCUCUUUCAGCUACUACAUCGAGAUAGUAGGCAUCCUGUCGCAGAUACACCGCUUCUUGAAGAAGCCAGUCGACAUCAGUGCCCUGUCUGAUGUGGAGCAAUGGCAGCAAGAAUACAGACAGCUGGACAGCAAACUCAACGCGUGGAAGUUCAGCCUUCCAAGCGAGUACGGCAACAUGUCGCGGCUGUUCAACCCUAAUGGAGGCAACAAGAUUGUCAAUUGCAUCUGGAUCAUGCUGCAUAUCACCUACCACACCACUGUGAUCCGACUCCACUCCUCAGCCGCAUAUCCCACGACUCGAUCGCCUAUCUUCACGCCCUCCUUCAGCGCAUCACAACGAUGUCACACCGCAGUUGAAGACAUCUGCGCCUUGUGCCAAUACGUCAAGAACAAUAACAUGCUCACUAAGCUCGGGCCACCCUUUGCUUUCAGCUUGUGGGUCGCUGCACGUCUGCUCCUUGUCCACGGCUCCACAAUCGACCACCAAGUCAACCCAGCCAUCGCACCUCUUGUCGAAACUCUCCGUGAACUGGGCUACUACUGGAAGGUCGCGGAGCGCUACGCGACUCUUUUGCAAAGGGUCAUGGAUGAGUAUAGCGAAAGCGAACGUGCCCCUGUGGGUGCGAACGGGGUACGCGAGACUCCUUCGACUGUGAGGAUCCUUGCGGAUAUGCGUCGCUGCGCCUACGAUCUGGACUUUUUGAUCAGCAGGCAGCCGAGACAGUACUUAGGGAGCAAGCAGGUGAACUCGGUCACACCAGCGAGGACUCCUGCCCCAAAUGAGUUGGAGUAUCUUGAUGUGUUUGACUUCUUCAAUAUGCCGCGCUUGCCUUUCCAGGCUAAUGGCGAGGGCGGAGGAGGUAAUGGUGUCAAUGGCAAUGGCGAAGGGACUGUGCCGGAGUAUCAGAUUUUCAUGGACCAGGGUGUGGAGUAUAACAAUGCUAAUGAUUGGCUUGUACAGUAG